CUAUACUUUUUAUGGUCAGCAGUGACAGUGAUUAUUAUCUGUGAUAGUAACAGUGUAUUGUGUAUGUAGGUUUAUCUUCGUGCAUUUUAUCCAUGCUUUGAGGUUAUGAAACUUAGAAUAAAAACUUUAUUUUUAUCAGAAGUUUGAAUAUUAUUUAGUACUUAGGUAAAAUGACUGAUUUCGUAUUGAACGAUAGUGAUACAGAAGUAGAUUCCGAUGAAGAGUUACAAGAAGCAUUUGCAAAAGGAUUACUCAAGCCUGGACUUAAUGAAGAAAUAGAAAAAAUAGAGAAAAAAUACGUUAACAAUGUACUUGAGUUAAAAUCAAAAUUAAAGGAGUUUAAAUUAAAUUUACCCUGGAUUGAAACAUUGGAUCUUGUUACCACUGUAGCACCACUGGCUCCAGACGUUGCCUUACAAAUACAGGAGACAGCGCAAAGACGAAAGAAUAUAAAAGAAAAUUCUAGGGGUCACAAAGACUAUGACCCUACACAAGAUCCAGUGCUUAAUGAGUUCAAACGGGAGAAUCUCAUCCAUCGGCAGGCACAAUCAGCUGUUCUGGAGGGAAUAAAGAAACUUAAGGAACUUGGUGUGCCUACCAGAAGACCUGAUGAAUAUUUCGCGGAAAUGGCAAAGACGGAUGAACACAUGCAGAAAGUGCGUAAGAACCUAUUAGCGAAGCAGGCGGCGCAGGCUCGACUUGAAAAAGUACGGCAGCUACGAGACCAGAAAAAGAUUGCUAAACGUGUACAGAUUGAUGCUAAACUAAAACAAGCUGCUGACAAGAAACAUAUGCUAGAACAGUUGAAACGGGUAAGAAAAGGCAAAUCAGCUGAUUUGGACUUCUUAGAGGAUAACAAAGGGAAAAAUUUAAAAGGAAAAGGUAAAGAUAAAGGUCCUCAAAAUAAAGCGGCUAAAAGACGCGCUUUGAAAGAUAAGAAAUUUGGAUUUGGCGGUAAAAAGAAAGGUUCUAAAUUAAAUACAAGGGAAUCCUCGAAUCAAAUGGAUGGUUUCAACAGUUCAGCUAAGAAGAGGCCAUUUAAUAUAAAAAAUAAGUCAUUCAAACCUAACAGUAAGAAGAAGAAUCAACGCCCGGGUAAAUCAAAGAGAAAAAAUGCAAAGCGAUAACUAUUCAUUGUAAGAA